AUGAUAGAUUUUGAUAGAAUUCUGACUCACGUGAAGGUGGAACCUAAUCCGCUUGUUUCAAUGUCUACUGAAUUUUUCUUAGACAUCCUUCACGAUUCGAUGAGAAGCAGUAAAGUGGUCGUUAUUUUUAUCGAGGAAUUGUUGUGUGUGGAGGACCUAAGUAGUAGAGAUAUUAAGGGUACGCCAUAUCGUAAUUUGCAUGAAGAAUUAUUGGCUGAGCGAUUAAAGUAUUUCCCAGCGGUACGUAACCCAUACAAAUCACUAAAGCAGGUAUUCGCAAAUCACAAUACGAACGUAUUUCACGUAAGUAAUAUGGAUAAGUUAAGAAUGUACGAUACUCGUAAUAGCCACUAUUACAUAUAUUUUGAGGAUAAUUUGAAUGAAACAAGAAUCGAUACAUUGCGAAGACACGAUGUGAUUAUAAAAGAAAUCUACCACGCUGUCAGGAAUUACGCUCCUGGACCGGUGAUUGGGUUUUAUACUGGCAAAAAUAAUCCUAUGACUGGUAAAGAAAUUAAAGUCCUACCUUUGAAACGUGAUAAGAUCUCUUUGGAAACUGGAGUUUCUGUUGAGAGUACUGACGCGUUAUUUCACUUUGUCGGUGUUUACUCUUCGAGCGCGAAGCGUCAGUCCAGAUUCAGCCAAGCGCCCGUGGUAGCUGACGAGAGACUUACAAGGCGACAUCUGUCCACAAGAGUGGCAUACACCGAUUUUGAAUUAGAAUUUAACUUCUCUUUCAAGAAGGACGGAUGGAUUAUUGAUGAUGUGGCGUUACUGGAAGGCGGAGAAGAAGUAGGACGUACGCGGAUGGGCGCUGGCGUCCCGUGGGAGCAUUCCUACGUUUGCGGGGAACCACUCGUCAUUAUUAACUUGCGGGAUGGCAGCGCUGUUACUAUUUCUUACUACCAGAUCCAAGCAUUCAGACGUAGCGGAAGGACUUACGAUGAUGACCCCUUUUACCCGGACUGGGAUUUCCGGAGAGCACCUAACGACUCUUGCAAAGGAUUCGGACCCGGCGUGAAUUGCGGACCGUAUUUCACUUCGACUAUAAUUGCUUCUAUGUUCGUCACAUCCGUGUGUUUCGGUAUCAUGGGGGUCGGUGUGAUCGCGCUAAUGAAUUGCGUCACCAAUGAAAGGUACGACGAUCCGCAAGGCAAGCCGUUAUCGGUAGGCGCGGAGGCUGCAGGUUAAUAUAAAUUUAACUAUCGCAGUUAGCCUUCCUUUCAAUUGUAAGUCUAAAUUUAGUGUGCCGAAUUACAAUCAAAAUCGU